AUCGUGGUCACUCUAGCGUUUUAUUUAAAAAUGGCGGAUGCAGAUAAGACCGACGAACCGCCGGUUCAAGAAGAACUAAAAGAAGAAGUGCCUGCCAAAACAGAAGACAGACAGAGUGAUACUUUUGACAUCAAGUCUCACACAUUUGAGAUCCCAAACAAAAAAGUCAGUCUACCAACAGAUGUACCAGCAUGGGAAGCAUCAGAGGCUUACAAGGACAUUGUUGGUUUCAUCUGUGCAGUAAGCGAAGCUGUCAAGUCCAAGAAGAUCAGAGACUCGUAUUCUAUUUCUGAGACCACUACCAGACUAGUGAAUCUCUUGGACACCAUGAGCCAGUGGGUUGACGAGAUUCCACCGAUAGAUCAGCCUCAGCGGUUUGGUAACAAGGCAUUCAAAGAUUUUUAUGACCGUCUCAAGGAUAGAAGUGAGACACUGUUGAAGGAUGUUCUAGAUGAAAAGUUCCAUGCAGCUAUUCCUGAGAUUGCUGUGUAUCUACAAGAGGGAAUAGGCAAUGGCACUCGAAUAGAUUACGGAACAGGACAUGAGCUGUCCUUUGUGGCCUUCCUGUGCUGUCUGUUUAAGAUAGGAGCACUACAGGAGGAGGAUGCUGUGCCUGUUGCCCUACAGGUGUUUCAAAGGUAGAGUAUGUCACCUGAU